AUGCAAGCAGAAGCCACGCAGGGAACACGCGACCAGCAGGAAGCCAUGCAGCAAGGACCGGAUUCGGAGUCGGGGGUCCCUAUGCAAGCAGACGCAAAUCUAGCAGAGGCCACACAGGGAACACGCGACCAGCAGGAAGCCACGCAGCAAGCACCAAAUUCGGAGUCAGGGGUCCCGAUGCAAGCAGACGCAGAGGCCACACAGGGAACAGGCGACCAGCAGCAGGAAGCCACGCAGCAAGCACCAGGUUCGGAGUCAGGGGUCCCGAUGCAAGCAGACGCAGAGGCCACACAGGGAACAGGCGACCAGCAGCAGGAAGCCAUGCAGCAAGCACCGGAUUCGGAGUCAGGGGUCCCGUUGCAAGCAGACGCAGAGGCCACGCAGGGAACAGGCGACCAGCAUGAAGCCGUGCAGCAAGCACCGGAUUUGGAGUCAGGGGUCCCGACGAUGCAAGCAGAUCAAGCCACGCAGGGAACAGGCGACCAGCAGCAGGAAGCCAUGCAGCAUCCGGAUCCAGGGGUCCUCCAGCUGGCCCCGGUUGAGGCUCGCAGCAAGACGUCGGCCAGGACGGAGGCCGUUUUCAAGGCAUUGGAGAAGCCCAACUCUUUCGAUUUGAAGGACCCGAGUUUCGUUGGAAAGGGUGCUAGUCCCGAGGAAGCAUCGCUUACCCAGAAGGAAGGCGAAUCCACUGAGGAGUGGAUGACGAGGGUGGCCCACAAUGUCUUCAUGAAGUUCCACCGGUCCAUCCGCA